UCGGUUACCCGGCUCAGGGCGGUUCGCAGCUCGCGCUCCUGCCGGGGAACCUGAAGCCUCUCCGGCUCCGGGCACAGGACCGUGGGACUGGCUGGCCCGAGCCCUGGGCACGCCGCGGAAGCAGGGCUUGAUGGCGCCAUCCACGGUGGGCCUCCUUGUCAUCUCCCUUCUGCAAGCCGCCCUCACUCUGAACCCUGAGGACCCCAAUGUGUGUAGCCACUGGGAGAGCUAUGCCGUGACUGUGCAGGAGUCUUAUGCACACCCCUUUGAUCAGAUCUACUACACACGAUGCGCAGAUAUACUCAACUGGUUCAAGUGCACCCGGCAUCGGAUCAGCUAUAAGACGGCGUACAGGCGUGGCCUCCGGACCAUGUACCGGCGGAGGUCCCAAUGCUGCCCUGGCUAUUAUGAGAAUGGAGACUUCUGCAUUCCCCUGUGCACCGAGGAGUGUAUGCACGGCCGUUGUGUCUCUCCAGAUACCUGCCAUUGUGAACCUGGAUGGGGAGGCCCUGACUGCUCCAGCGGUUGUGACAGCGAGCACUGGGGUCCCCACUGCAGCAAUCGGUGUCAGUGUCAGAACGGCGCCCUGUGCAACCCCAUCACCGGCGCCUGCGUGUGCGCCCCCGGCUUCCGAGGCUGGCGCUGUGAAGAACUCUGCGCACCCGGUACCCAUGGCAAGGGCUGCCAGCUGCCUUGUCAGUGCCACCACGGCGCCAGCUGCGACCCGCGCACUGGCGAAUGCCUCUGCGCGCCGGGCUACACUGGCGUCUACUGUGAGGAGCUGUGCCCCCCUGGGAGCCAUGGAGCUCACUGUGAACUACGCUGCCCCUGCCAAAAUGGGGGCACCUGCCACCACAUCACUGGAGAGUGUGCCUGCCCUCCAGGCUGGACGGGAGCAGUGUGUGCCCAGCCCUGCCCACCAGGGACGUUUGGCCAGAACUGUAGUCAGGAUUGUCCUUGCCACCAUGGAGGCCAGUGUGAUCAUGUGACUGGACAAUGCCACUGUACAGCUGGAUACAUGGGGGACAGGUGCCAAGAGGAAUGUCCCUUUGGAACUUUUGGUUUCCGGUGCUCUCAGCGCUGUGACUGCCACAACGGAGGUCAAUGCUCACCGACCACAGGUGCCUGUGAGUGUGAGCCUGGCUACAAGGGCCCUAGCUGUCAGGAGCGGCUAUGCCCUGAGGGCCUGCAUGGCCCAGGCUGCACCUUGUCCUGUCCCUGUGACACUGAGAACACUAUCAGCUGUCAUCCAGUCACUGGAGCUUGUACCUGCCAACCUGGCUGGUCAGGCCACUUCUGCAAUGAGUCCUGCCCUGCCGGCUACUAUGGCAACGAUUGCCAGCUGCCCUGCACCUGCCAGAAUGGCGCUGACUGCCACAGCAUCACUGGGGGCUGCACUUGUGCCCCAGGAUUCAUGGGAGAAGUGUGUGCCAUUCCCUGCGCUGCUGGGACCUAUGGUCCCAACUGUUCAUCUGUAUGCAGCUGUAGCAAUGGCGGCACCUGUUCCCCUGUGGAUGGCUCCUGCACUUGCCGAGAGGGGUGGCAGGGCCCGGACUGCUCCCUGCCAUGUCCUAGUGGGACAUGGGGCCUGAACUGCAAUGAGACUUGUGUCUGUGCCAAUGGGGCAGCCUGCAGCCCUUCUGACGGCUCCUGCGCCUGUACCCCAGGCUGGCUGGGGGACUCCUGUGAACAGCCCUGCCCAGCUGGCACGUUCGGGCUGAACUGUAGCGAGCGUUGCGAUUGCAGCCAUGCCGAUGGCUGUGACCCUGUCACAGGCCACUGCUGCUGCCUAGCAGGAUGGACAGGCAUCCGCUGUGACAGCACGUGCCCCCCAGGUCGCUGGGGCCCCAACUGCUCAGUGCCCUGCAGCUGUGAGAACGGAGGCUCCUGUUCCCCAGAGGACGGGAGCUGCGAGUGUGCCCCUGGCUUCCGAGGACCCUUAUGUCAGAGAAUCUGCCCACCAGGGUUCUACGGCCAUGGCUGCACCCAGUCUUGUCCUCUCUGCGUGCACAGCAACGGGCCCUGCCACCAUGUCAGUGGCAUCUGUGAGUGCCUGCCAGGAUUCUCUGGAGCCUUGUGCAACCAAGUGUGUGCUGGAGGGCACUUUGGGCAGGACUGUGCCCAGCUCUGUUCCUGUGCCAACAACGGGACCUGCAGCCCCAUCGAUGGAUCCUGUCAGUGCUUCCCAGGGUGGAUCGGCAAGGACUGCUCACAGGCCUGCCCAUCUGGGUUCUGGGGCUCUGCCUGCUUCCAUACAUGCAGCUGCCACAACGGGGCGAGCUGCAGCGCCGAGGAUGGGGCCUGCCACUGCACCCCUGGCUGGACUGGACUCUUCUGCACGCAGCGUUGCCCUGCAGCAUUUUUUGGGAAGGAUUGUGGGCACAUAUGCCAGUGUCAGAACGGAGCCAGCUGUGACCACAUCACUGGGAAAUGCACCUGUCGAACAGGCUUCACCGGGCGCCACUGUGAACAGAGAUGUGCCCCCGGAACCUUUGGAUAUGGGUGUCAGCAGCUAUGUGAGUGCAUGAAUAAUGCCACUUGUGACCAUGUCACUGGUACCUGUUACUGCAGCCCUGGAUUCAAAGGAAUCAGGUGUGACCAAGCUGCCCUCAUGAUGGAUGAACUGAAUCCCUACACCAAGAUCAGUCCAGCUUUGGGAGCAGAGCGGCACUCAGUGGGUGCUGUCACGGGCAUCAUCCUCCUGUUGUUCCUGGUUGUGGUGUUGCUGGGCCUGUUUGCCUGGCGACGGAGGCGGCAGAAAGAAAAAGGCCGUGACUUGGCUCCUCGUGUCUCCUACACCCCAGCCAUGAGGAUGACCAGCACAGACUACUCUCUCUCAGAUUUGUCUCAAAGUAGCAGCCAUGCCCAGUGCUUUUCCAAUGCCAGCUACCACACACUGGCGUGCGGGGGGCCUGCCACCAGCCAGGCCAGCACUCUGGACAGGAACAGCCCCACCAAGCUCAGUAACAAGUCCCUUGACAGAGACACAACAGGCUGGACCCCCUACAGCUAUGUGAACGUGUUAGACUCCCAUUUCCAGAUCAGUGCCCUGGAGGCCAGGUACCCGCCCGAGGACUUCUACAUUGAACUUAGACACCUCAGCCGCCACAAUGAGCCACACUCACCAGGCACUUGUGGAAUGGAUAGACGUCAGAACACAUACAUUAUGGACAAAGGCUUCAAAGAUUACAUGAAAGAAUCUGCGUGCAGUUCUAGUACUUGUUCCUUGAACAGCAGUGAAAACCCUUAUGCUACAAUUAAGGAUCCACCCAUCCUCACCUGCAAGCUUCCAGAAAGCAGCUAUGUAGAAAUGAAGUCACCUGUGCACAUGGGGUCUCCGUACACAGAUGUGCCAUCCUUGUCGACAUCUAAUAAAAAUAUAUAUGAAGUUGAGCCCACAGUCAGUGUGGUCCAAGAAGGCCGAGGUCAUAACUCCAGCUAUAUCCAGAAUCCAUACGACCUACCUAGGAACAGCCAUAUUCCUGGUCAUUAUGACCUCCUCCCAGUAAGACAGAGCCCUGCCAAUGGGCCCUCCCAGGACAAGCAGUAAGGGGGAUAAACUUCUCUCUUAAGUGUGCUCUGCUGACUAUUCUCUGACUUUGAAAGAAGAAAUUCUGUGACUUGAAAUAUCAGUACAGAUUGAUCUGGAUUGAAAGACGCACUUCCAAAUGGGAUUGGGAUAACUGUUCAAGGAGUCUGUUCACAAAGGCAAAUCAUAUCACCUUCAGCCCUAAGUGCCCUGAAUAUGAUUUUUAAAACAUUUAAGAUAUCGCUACUCAUCAACAUCAGCUAAAUUCAGAUAAAAGAUAUGUAUUUAAUAUUCUGAAACAACGCUUACAAUGCAUGUGGCUUAGGUUUUGCAAACUUUCCUAGGAGAAGAAGGGGACUGGGCAAUGGAGAGGGGCACUUUAGAACACCUGAAACGUGUAUGUGCUGUUGAUUAUUGUUACCAUCAACAUCUGCUUCAGUAUCGAAGGGAACUGGUGCAUGGAUAUGAACUGUUCUAAUAUUAAUAGUAAAAUCUGUGUACAUAUAGGUAUGGUCCAUCAAAGUAUAACAGCCAUAAUCAAAGUUUAAAAUAUAGCAUACUUCCGACAACUUGCAUUUUCAAAAACAAGAAUUUAAUAAAGACAGAGUCACUUUCUUUCUGUCCCAUCGGUGAUAGGAGGCAAAACAGAAAGGGGAGAAAAAGAGUAAUUAUUUCAAAAGUGCAGCAGUUUCGUUCAGUCUAAAAUGGUUUCUAUGCCUGCUUUACCAAACCUUGUCAAGAAUAAUGAAGGCCAGUCCUGGUCCGGCUGCACUGCAUUAAUAUGCCUAACAUCUGAGUCAUUCUGUGUGUACCAGAGAACUAAGCUGAUACUUUAAGAUAGUAGUCACAGGGCUGGGAAUGUAGUCCUGAGGAAGAACGCUUGGUGGUAAGUGGGGCCCUGGGGUAGAUCACCAGCAUCAUAGAAAAGGUGUAGGCUGAUAAGAAUUAAGUUUCCCUAGAAACCAUCCAAAUGGCCCAUUCAAUUUACUUAGUUGGAGUCCCUUGACUUGUUUUCAAGCAGUUCUUCAUAGAUAGCACUUGAUGUAGCAUGGACCCUAAAAGUGUACAAGAAAUUAUACAAAUGUGGGCAUGGCAAGCUUAAGUAGCUUAACAUAAUACAUUAUGCUUUUUGAUGGAACUAAAUGAAAUAAAUAAAAAAAAAAAGAUUUUAAAAGCCCAUCACCUACUAAAAUGGGCAAACACGUAUUCCAUUAGUUGGUGCUUUAAACCUUUAUUCAGAUAAGUCAUAACUUCCUCUGCAUGGUGUGAUAGCAGGUAAACCGAAGCAUGGACAAUUCUGUAUGUGGCUAAUUCCCAAUUCCUAUAGGACCCCUUCAUAAAAAUUAAGAACAAAAAGGGCAAACUGGAAGUUAAUGGCCACCCUUGUGCCACCCCAAGCUCUUCAUGAGGAAUAAGGGUCUAGCCAGUGAAAAUUACCUAAACAGGGUUUACAGAAAGAAAACUGCAAAGCUGUAUACUGCUACAGAAAGUGGGGUUGAUACUAACUAGAAGUCAGCUUGGAACCCCUUAGUUUGGGUAAGAAUCAGCAAAAGCAAAAAAAUAAAUAAGCAAAUCUCCCUCCUCACUUCACUCAAGGCAUAAGCCAAUCUUAGCAAUAGAGGAACAUAAACAUGAAUGCUGCAUGUGUGCAUGGAAGCGAGAGAUCAGCAAUAGUAAACUUUCCAAAAAGCCUUAUUAAAAUAGGAACACUAGAAAAUUACUUUGUAGACCUAAGUUAAUACUUCUCAUACAUAUGUAUAAAGAAAUAGAGUUAAGAGACUCACCUCAGUAUUUCAGGGCCACAAGUGCUCAAUUAUCUUUGUGAAGCAAGGAUGAAGAAGCAUGGCAAAAUCCAAUCAGCAAGGAGAAAUGGCAUCUCAAUCCCAGGCUUUAUCUUCUUCCCUUAUCCUGCAUGUACAAUAACUGCUACCUGGCAAACUGCAAUCAUGCAAAUUCCAAGUCUCACUUCUCUCUUAUCAACUACCCUCUGCACAAAAGUAUUCAGCAAGAGGAGAGAUGACUGGAGCACCAAGUCAAGAGAUGCUGGCACCACUCUUGUUAAGUCACUUGCCCUCUUUGGGCUCUUUUAUUUCCCACACAUGAAAGAAGAGACACAUUAGGGGAGGAGAGCUCUAACCACUCUCCAACUGUAGUACUCUACAACAUUUCCAGCAACAUCACUCAGAACAGGCAAUACAGAGGAGGAGGGAAAGGGCAGAGAUGUGAUUGACUAUGGCAACAAGAGCAGCUUUCAUAUAGCUAAGAGUUAGCAUUAGGACAUUUCGAUCAUGCAGAGCUACUGUUAGGAAUUUCUGUCUAACAAUCACAAGUAAGUCUGCAGUCAGCCUAAACACGUGCACUGCACAUUCUAUCAAUGACUGGAAAGAUCUGCUCGAUUAUAUUUCAAAAUGAAAACUUCAAUCCAGUAAAUUAAUAUGUAUACAAGUCAGAAAAAUAAAGAACAAAGUUACUGUACAAUAGUGUGAGAGACUAUGAAAUGGCAAUACUUUUUUAAACCACAGAUUUGUAAUAUAUUUGUUCACUGUGCAGAGGGACUGUACCUCAAACAAAAUAAAAUGGAUUUCUCAAACUAACAAGAAUGCCUAUUGUUUUACACACUGAAAAUCUAUAAUCUACAUUUUAUGUUUAAGACAGAAUUAACCUACAUUUGGUAUAGUUACUUUAAACAGCUGGAAGAAUGAAAAUUAUCACAAUAGAUGCUUGAAAAAUUAAGCGAAAGGUUAUUUUUUUAAGUAACAAAUGGGACUACUUAACUCAUGUUAAGUAUUUUAAAAUCCUACUCACAUCAGUAUUGGAUUUCCGUUUUCCCAAUGAUAUGUACUCAAAGGCAACUGUUACAGCUUAUGUUAUGCUCCAGUGGCAAAAGGGCAAGUGCAAGGCCUACCUAAUUUAUGUAAAUCCAACGAAUAGCUUUUGAUUAUUAGAAUUUAGCGUGUGCACCUGCUUUAGGACAUUUUAAUCAAAAAAAUCUUCUGAUAUAGCUGGGUUUAAAUAUAUAUUAAAAGUGCUAAAAAUAUAUCAGAUAUAUAUUUAAAGAAAAGCUGUAGGACAGUCAUGAUGAUUCAUGACUAUAAUCCUGGCACUUAGGAGGCUGAAGCAGGAGGACUGUUAAGAAGAGUAACAGGUCAGUCUCUCAAAAUACGCAAAUAAAGGCCAGGCAUGGUGCUGUACUGUUGUAAUCCCAGUAUUCAGAAGGCUAAGGCAGUAAAGUUUCAAGUUGAAGCAGCUUGGGCUACAUGGUGAGUUCAAGAGUAGCCUAGGCUAGAAGAUUCUAUCUCAAAAACAAACGGCAGCAGGAUUUUUUUUUUUUUAAAUAACACAUUAUUUAACUGAGCAAAGAGAUCAGUGAUGGAGCAUUUGCCUAGCAUGCAUGAAGGUCUAGGUUCCAGUCCUAUCAUCACAAAAGCUUAAAAGAAAAUACAGAUGCCAAAAAAUAGCUUACUGGGCUAGCAAUAUGAUGACCUGAGUUCAAUGCCUAGGACCCCUAAGGUACAAGUUGUCCUCUGACCUCCACAUGCUACUGUGGAUGUGUGAAUACACACAGACACAUACUUACGCACAUGCAUACACACCAAACAAAUAAAUACACAUAAAUUUAAAAAAUAAAUUCUGGAAUGAGUUCAUUAAGUUUAAAUUUGCUCCUCAAGCUAAGUUAAUUCAAAAUAUUACAACUUGGUAGUUCACAAGGCUUAUGUGGUACUUAAAAGUUAUUUUAGGCUAGGUAUGGUAACACACUCCCACAAUCCUAGCCCUUCAGGCGGCUAAGCUAGAAGGGCUGAAAUUCAAAGCCAGUCUAAGCAAGUUAGUGAAACUUGUAAAAGUAAAGCAAAUGUGUCAAAGUAAAGCUAAUAGCUGGGGAUGUUAGCUCUGCAGAAGAACGCUUGCCUAAAAUGUGUGAAAUCCCAAGUUCAAUCACCAAUACCACCACCACACCACACACAAAGUUAUUUCAAUUUAGUAUAAUGUUUAACCAAAAAUAAUAUAUUUGCCACUCAGAAAUAAGGGACCAUUAACAGGUAGUUCUCCAUGGCUAACUUAACACAUUUAGUGAACAAAGGGUAAAGUUAUACUCUGUGAGUCUUCGGAUAGAGGAUAACUAAGGACCAACAGCUGCAGGUGGUACCCUGAGCAUUCAUACAGUCUAUUAGUCACUCACCUACUUAGAGGGAAGACACAGUGCAUCUGACCAGUACGGCAAUAGGGGAUGGAAAAGCUCUGUAAGGAAGGGUGGAUCAAUGGAUGGCUACAUGGAGCUCAUUAUAUUUGUACCUUGUAAAUUUUAAAAAUUGUAAGUAUUUAUAGAAUUAUACAAAAAUCCUGUGCUAUUUUAAACAGAAUAGUUAACUGUCAGAUUAUAGCUGCCCAACCUAUACCAAAAGGACCCCUACACUCCUCCCUCCUUGCCGUCCCACAUUGUUCUGAAGAAACAGAUAUUCGAAAUAAAAACAUGAACAAAACCAAUUUCCUGCCUGUGGAUCUUACAACGUGAUUACAAAAGGGUAGAGAUAAGGGGAGGCCCUGGGGUGCUAAUCACACAGUUUCUUCCUUGACUCACAGAGCACCGAACAGGGGUCCAAGUCAACACAGGUGGAAGCUCUGUUCUUUGACUUCAGUUGUCAGAUUCCCUCUUCAUUCUAGCAUCUGCUGCCAAAACAACUGUCUACCCUAGAGUCUUGGGUAAGAAGAAGUAGGAAACCAGAGAUCUUACGUAGUACUGUUAUUUAUGCAUCCACUUUAAGGCAAAAAAAUAAAACUCAUUAUAUAGGAAACAAGUUUCUGGGGCUGGCAAGGCGACUCGGUAGUAAAGGAGCUUUCUGCUGAGGAUGACAGCCUGAUCCCUGGAAUCCACAUGGUGGAAGGAGAAAACCAGCUCACUCAGGUUGUUCUCUGACCCCCAAACAUGUACUGCAGCAUGCCCCGUCCCACCCUAAUAAGUGUAAUAAAAAACUUUAAAUAGUGUUGUUUCUUAAAUUGUUCCAUGUUGGGCAGGUGUAAGUGUGCGCAUGUGUGUGUUUUUAACAUUCUUGGACCCCAAUGAUGAAAAGUUUUGGCAUAGAGACCAGUACAUUGGGGGGGCAAUCCCUUAAAGAGAUGAAAAACCACACCACUUACUUGGAGACAUAUGAAAAUGAUCUGCUGAGAUACUAGAGGUUGUCUCGGUAGGGAAUGAAAGCUAAAAACAGGAUUAUCUCCUUGGUGGGAUGGGGGUGAAAGGAUCUGAGAGUUUAUGGUUUGAGGAAAGCUUAAGUUCUGCUAACUCAAAAAUACAAAGGGUAUGUUGCUGGCAACUAAUACUGACUGAAACACAAUAUUUUGUGUUCACAUCCGUUAACUACCAACCCCAUGUCCAAUAAAUGGUAAGACAAUGAAUUACAAUAAAAUAAAUUUAACAAUUAGAUCAUAUCAACAGCCCUAGAAUGUCAUUUAAUCAUGCAUGCACUACCCAUACACUGAAGGGCUUGUUUGUUUUAUUGAGGUGCACACAGGAUCUUGAGCUCCUAAUCCUCCUGCUCCCAAGUGCUAUGUGUCAUCAUGUCCAGCUUAGUCACUAGUACUCUGUAGAGCUAUGGAAGAUAUGAGGUUCUUUUUUUUUGGGGGGGGGGGUCGAGACAGGGUUUCUCUGUACCUUUGGAGCCUGUCCUGGAACUAGCUCUUGUAGACCAGGCUGGCCUCGAACUCACAAAGAUCCUCCUGCCUCUGCCUGCCGAGUGCUGGGAUUAAAGGCAUGAGCCACCACUGAUUGCAAGAUGUUUUGAAAAGUUCUCUCCCAGAAUGCAAGCUAGGCACAGUGGCACAUACCUGUAAUCCCAAAACUGCAGAGGUGGAGACAGGAGUAUCAGGAAUUCAAGACCAACCUCAGCUACAUGAGAUCUUGCUUGUCUCAAUGAAACAAGAAGCCAGUUGAUUUUUUUAAAGAAUAAAAACCAUAAAACAAAGAGUUCUCAACUUAUAAUUGACUCAGCAGCUGAUCAAAUGCUUCUCCCUUCCUUCACAUAUAGUAUCUUGACACACAUUGAUAAAACUGACAUUUUUCAAAUAUCCUAAAAACUUUUACUUAAUGAGAAUUAACAUGGUGAUAGAUGAUUUUAAUCAAGAUAUUAAGAGCAAAACCAUUUUUUCAAAGUAUUUACCUGAUAUUUUACUUAUAUUUUAAAUUUAAGAUUUCAGUUUGAUUUUAAUACCUACACACAACCCAGAAAUGAUCUACUUCAGUCACAUCACUACUUCAAAGAAUCUGAACUAACAGAUGAAAUAGACAAGAACUAUGACUGUAAUCUGUCUUUCCCAAGCAGCUGACUGCCGUGCUGGACCCGUUAGUUCAAUCUUCUAACUUAUGUAUAAUGCAGCAAAUUUUUUAAUACUUGUCUGGAAUACAACAUCCUUGCAAACAUUCUAUUCUCCAAUUUCUAGGGAAAUGGAUACUGUUAGUAAAGUGAUCUCUCAGCUAAGAGUCUGCCAAUGUGAAUAGCAUACUGUGUCAUUUUAUCAGCCUCCUACAAUAUGGAAGAACACAACCAUUCUUUAAAAUGUCAGGCUGGCAACUUUGUUUUAUUGGGGAUAUAUUCAAUCCUUAAAAGGACAAUAGCCCCAAUACUGCUCCAACCAGGAGAAAGCUCGGGUUGCUUUCUCUCUCUGGCAUAGCAUCAGAGCACCCUAUCCGACAGGUCGAUAGCCCAACGAGCCAUGUGGAAGUGGCUCCUGUCAUAGCCUGUGUCCUUUUCUGUAGCACAGCAAAUGGAGGUCGUGUGCACUCUAAACAAACGCCACAUUUUAUUCUCUUUUGUUUUUAAGAUAGUG